UGCAUAGGGGCAGACAUUGUCCCGCCUAGAGACGAACGAGAGAAAACGUCACUUCCUGUUCCGCUUGGUCCUUUUCUCCUUAGUCGGGCCGCUGUGCGGGGUAUCCGGAAGGUGCAAAGAUGCAGAUCUUUGUAAAAACACUCACUGGGAAAACAAUCACGCUUGAGGUUGAGCCCAGCGAUACUAUUGAAAAUGUUAAGGCCAAGAUUCAGGACAAGGAAGGUAUCCCCCCUGAUCAACAGCGUCUGAUCUUUGCUGGCAAGCAGCUUGAAGAUGGGCGUACUCUGUCUGACUAUAACAUCCAGAAAGAGUCAACAUUGCAUCUGGUGCUGCGUCUGCGUGGUGGUAUCAUUGAGCCUUCCCUUCGCCAACUUGCCCAGAAGUAUAACUGUGACAAAAUGAUUUGUCGCAAAUGCUAUGCCCGUCUUCAUCCUCGUGCUGUUAACUGCCGCAAGAAGAAGUGUGGGCAUACCAACAAUCUGCGUCCCAAGAAGAAGCUCAAAUAAGCUCAUCUUGUCCACCACGUAUUUUGUGACUGAAAAAUAAAAUUUAUCUCAAGUUU